AUGCCUGUUUCCUACACUGUGGUCCUUAGUGCAAUCCUACGUACCAUUGCCGAGCCAGUACGUAUCGACCCCGGCGAGGGCGGAAUGGCAUGGUACGGGACUCCCACCGAACUCGUGCUGACAAAUGAUGAAGGGCGGACUUUUACCGAAGGCCUCAAAGCCCUUGGGUUGAGCUUGCAAUCAAGCAUACUGCGCCGAGAUUGGACUUAUCAUGUGUCCGGAGAUUUUGGGCAGAAUCCUAUUACUCGCGAAGCGUUCAUUAAACACAGCGAGAUGACUCAAAGUGAAAUAUGCGCUUCGGCUCCCGCCCAUCAGGCCAUCGCGGGGAAAGCCACAAUCUGUGGAACUGGAAAGGUUGUCAACGUUUCCUUUGACAAUUUCAAUGAGGAUGAAGAGUGGCAUCUUACCGUCGAAGCAGAACAUGACCUCUUUGACCCGAAACAAAAACAAUUAAUUAAGUUCGAGAUAAUAUACUGCUUUGGAUAUUUUACUCCUAGAGUGGAAGAGGCGGAGUACAUCAAGAAAGGCGCGUCGAUUUUUUUGCAAGGGACUCUUGUUUCUCAAGAUCCAAUCUCUAAACGGUUCAUUGCACAAGUGAUGCAUCAUGCCGAGGUCAAAGCAAAUGUGAUAGGAAAUGUCGUAUGGGUUGAGUGA